UCGAGCCUUGGCAAUGCCUCCUUUUUUACUGGCCUUGGCAUAGCCUUGGGGUGUGUCGUUUUCUCGUGUGUGAAGUUUACGCCGCAUAGCUCGUUUUUGGAUGUCAGGGACAUCAAUACGCCGGAAAACAUGUCGCACUUCUUGCCGGAACUCGAACAGGAGUCAUUCAGCCCUGAAGACUUCGUUGAGCGCCUCGCCUGGCGCAGCCUGGGAGGCAACAUGGACCCUGAGACCUUUGACCCCAGUGUGCUGCAGGAGGCGUUCAAGCAGGGCAUUCGGGACCUGCAGGUCCUCUUUGAGAUGACCCAGAAGAAGUGCGAACGCCUCGAGAUGAUUUGCCGUGAAGAAGAAGCGCGUCAUUGUCACAAGGUUUCCGAGCUGCAGGACAAGAACAAGUCCUCAUAUGCCACAUACAAGGAGCUGGAUUCGCAGAUUGGUUAUGUGGCAAUGAAGGUGGUGCACUUGGGAGACCUUCUGGAAAGUGUCAACACACCCCGUUCACGGGCUGUGGAGGCUCAGAAGCUGAUGAAGCACUUUGCUGAGUUUCUUGGACCAGAACAUGGGUCACACACUGGUAUCUUCCAUGACCCAGCCAAGCUUCAUGAAGCAGCUGACAUUAUUCAAAAACUCCAUCUGAUAGCCCAAGAGUUGCCUUAUGGAAAGUUUGAGAAGGCACGUUCGAGGAUUGCUCAGAAGUACAAUGAGAUUGAGAAGGCCCUAAUUGCCGAAUUUGUCCGAGCACAUCAUGAAGGUGACAAGGAGACCAUGAGGCAAGUUGCGGCUGUUCUGUCACACUUCAGGGGCUAUGCAAACUGCAUUGACACAUUCAUUGACGAGAGCCAAAUGGGUGCAUUCAUGAAGAAGGAUAUGUUCUCUGACAUAGUGCCACUUUGCGAGCGCAGUGAGCAAGUGAUUGAAGAGGUCUUUACAAAUCCGGAACAAGUGAUGUGCAAGUUUGUGUCGAACAUCUACAAUGGGAAGCUGCAGGAGUACAUUCAGUCGAACCUGAGUGACCGCACUGACCCAGAGAGAUACCUUAGGACUCUGUACGAGCUUUACUCAAAGACGAUGCAGCUGUCUUCAAACCUGUCCCAGUUCAAGAUGGGAAAUGACCCUGCUUUCUUGAAGAAGUUGACGCGCCAGAUUUUCUCCAAGCAUUUGGACCCAUACCUGUCAAUUGAAACGCACUACCUGAGGGACAAAUGCUGCUCUGUGCUCAACAGGUACUACGAGUCCAAGAACCACCACAAGCGGCAGUUCCAGUUUGGCGGAAUUCAUGACCUCCGCCGUGACCUUCAAGCGAAACUUGGUGCCCGCUCCAACAUCAACAUUGCACCAACAGUGGAAAAUUUUGGUGGAGAGACCUUUCUCUCUGAAGAAGUGGCCAUCAAUCUCUUGCAGGAGAGCAAGCUUGCCUUUCAGCGCUGCCAACUGUUGUCCAAGCCCACAGAGCUGCCAAAAAGUGUGGCGCAGAUCUUCGACAUACUGCUAAAUGGCCUGUGCAUUGAGCACAUCCACUAUGCCCUGGACAUCGGCCUGCGGGCAAUACCUGUGUCCGAGCCAAAGAGUGAGCCAGAGAUUUAUUUCUUUGACACAGUCAGGCAGUGCAACUCCAUUUACCAGCUGCUUGAGAAGCUCUUCAAUAACAAUGUUGCCCCUCUCCUCCUGUCUACUCCAGAACAUAGUGUGUGCCUGCAGAAGAAGCGAGAACUGACAGAACAGAUGGAGAUCAAAAUGGACACUGGUUUGGAUCGUUCACUGGCAGCCAUUAUCGGCUGGGUGCGCUGCAUCCUCCAAACUGAACAGAAGAAAACGGACUUCAAGCCAGAAGUGGAGGAUGUCAUUGAGACAACCAAGGUUGCUCAAAAGGUUGUCAAGUAUGUGACCAAGUGCAUUGAAAAGCUUAGGGACUCUCUCGAUGGCACUAAUGUGGAUGCUGUGCUUUUGGAGUUGGGCGUCAGGUUCCACAGAACAAUCUACGAGCACAUCCAGACUUUUCAGUACAGUACUGUAGGUGGCAUGAUCCUCAUCUGUGACCACAACGAGUACCGCAAAUGUGCCAAGCAGUUCAAGAUCCCUGCUCUGGACAAGAUGUUCGAUGUUCUGCAUGCCCUCUGCAACCUGCUGGUGGUGGCACCGGAAAACCUAAAGGAUGUUUGUCGGGACGACCAACUGGCGAGUCUGGAGAGGAGUGUGCUGGUGAAUUUCGUCCAGCUGAGGACAGACUGCAAGGUGCACAAGCUGGUGAACCAGUUCAAGUGAACCGCUGGGUGCUUUGUUACCCCAUGCUUGGCCGACAGCUUGGAAGGGCUCCAAGGGCUUUGUUAAAGGGCUAGAAUAAAAUGUUGAGCCUGUCGGGACCCAAACGGAAAGACAUCGAGACCUGACAACUUUGAA